UUGAAAAUGAGGAAGCUACUGUGUAGCGUAUAUAAAUAUAAGAUAAUCACAUGGUGAGUCUGUAAUCAAUACUACAGCAGCCUAAAUCAGAACUUUAUCAACCAAGGGCCUUAAGCAUGCUGCUAUUCCUUAUACUUCUGCUGCCUUGUACCAACCAUGCUUUUGGUCUGAAUCCUGCAAUAAAGGCCGUAUUGGCAAGUAAAGGACUUAAAUAUGGGACACACAUUGGGACCGAUUGGAUGCAUGAGAAGAUACUAAGUAUGAAAGUUCCCGAUGUCACAGGUGGUGUCUACAUUGGUUUUGGAACAGUGAAAUACGUCCUUGAUGGAAUCUCUGUGUCUUCAUGUGAUGUUCCAGAGCCCUCAGUAAACUUCUCAGAAGGCUCGGGACUCAAGAUUGUAAUCAAUGGCUUGAGCAUUGCCGUGAGGGGUAAUUGGCACACAACAUUUGGCAUCAUAACUGAUGGUGGUUCAUUUGACCUGGCAGUGUUCAACUUGGACUUGACCUUGUUGGUGGAUAUUGGGAGUGAUGACAAAGGACAUAUGUCCAUCUUAAGUAAAUACUGUUCUGCCAGGAUCAACUCAGCUACAAUUAAUUUCCAUGGAGGAGCUAGUUGGAUUUUCCAGCCAUUUGUGGACUGUUUUAAAAGUCGUAUUAAAGCUCUAAUUGAGGAAAAGAUAUGCCCACUGGUUGAUCAGCAUGUUGCAGAUUUGGAGCAAUAUCUAACUGAACUGCAAGUGUCCUUCCAGAUAGAUCCUAUUGUAGUUUUGGAUGUACCCCUGACCAACGCCCCGCUCAUCAGCUCAUCAAGCCUUGGUCUGGAUUUGAAGGGUGAGUUCUACAGUAUCAAGAGUCCCAAAGAGCCUCCUUUUGAAGCCAAGGCUUUUGAUCUGCCGAAGGACGAUGGCUUCAUGCUCUCACUGGGCCUGUCGGAAUUCAGUUUUAACUCUGCCUCAUAUGCUUACUUCGACACUGGGCACCUUCACAUCACAGUUACAGAUGAAAUGAUCCCACCAACCUCUCCUUUGCGCCUCAACACCAGCUACUUUGGGCCUUUCAUCCCUCAGCUUCCCAAGCUCUUCCCCAACAUGCUCAUGUUACUGGAGGUGUAUGCCAGAGAAAUUCCAAUGUUUUCCUUCCUGCCUGGCGAGGUGACACUUGAUUUUCCCGGUGCUGUUAAAGCUUUGGCCAUCCUGCCAAAUAGAACACUGACUCCACUCUUUAAACUCAAUGCUGACUCCCUUUUUAGUGGGAAGGUAUACAUUUCAGAGGGGAAACUAAAAGGCCUGAUGGAACUAAAAAAUUUUACCCUGACACUUGCAUCAAGUGAAAUUGGAACUUUUCAGACUGCGGCUCUGGAAAAAGGUGUGAACAUGUUGAUGAAGAUUUCAGUGUUAUCUGUACUGAAUGCCAAAUUGAAGGAAGGAAUUGCUUUACCCACCAUACGGUCCCUCAACUUUGUUAACUCCGUGCUGAAGGUCCAGCAGGGUUUUCUGUCUAUUGCAUCAGACCUUGAGGUUCCAUAUCCAAAAAGAGAGUAUUUUUAAGAGGGUUUAUAUGCCCAUUUGAAGUGAUGCCUGCUUAUAAUAAUUCAGAUAUUCAUGUAAAACUAUCACUAGCCACAUCUAUUAUUCCUAUUCCGUUGAUCAAAUAUCAAAAGAAACAACUUGAAUCUACCAUUUCAACUUAAAUUACACUUACUGUACACAUUGCCUCAUUAUGGCAAUGGAUAACCCACUGAUUUACAAAGAUUAACAAGCACUGCUGGAUAAUGAAUCAGCUUUUUUCUCUUGCAGGCAUUAAAGUUGCGUAAAACACAAUACAAUCAACGCCAACAUUAAUAUAAUUCCAUACCGCAUGAUUAGAAAUUAAUUUCAAUGUAAAGUUUAUUUGUUAGUUUCUGGGAAAUGCUAUAAUGUUCGAAGAGAAUUACUUUCUUUACCCUCAUCAAGAAACCCUGUAAACUCAGCAUGGUCCCAGACGUUUGGACCUGUUUCUACUCAUGCUGUCAUGCAUGUCAGAACUCUGACGACCAAACAGGUUUUCUCUAGCACACCAGUGGAUCUGGGCUAUGGCAAACUGGAGGACGACUAUCUGUGGCUACAAGUGUACCAACAAUCAGUAUUUAUGAAUACAAAGCUUGAAAUUUUAGUACUUGACACAACUACAGUACACUGUUCAUAAAAACAAGAUAUUUGUUUUGAGAUAACUUGACAAUGUUAAGUACAACUGAUUUCAUUGACAUUCUAGGAAUGUGUGUUCCAACUAUUGCUUAUAAAAAAUGUUUUCAGAUAUUCCAA